AUGCGAGAAACUAAUCUCAAAUGUUUCAGUAUGAGAUCGUUAUUAGUAUUAUUAGUGAUUUUGCUCUUCUUACUGCAACUCCAAAAUCUUAAUGCAUCACGUUAUUAUUCUUCACCAAUGCUAUCGAAUCCAGCAUGGAACGAGGAACAAGUUUUACACAAGGGAUUUGUGGUAAAACAUGAAACACAAAUACAAGAAAAGGAUGUGGCGAUAGUUAAAAAACCCGGUGGUGGUGGAGGUCGCGGCGGUGGUGGAGGAGGAGGUCGCGGUGGUGGUGGCGGAGGUAUUCGUGGUGGCCGUAGAGGUGUUGGUGGAGGAGGUCGCGGUGGUGGUGGCGGAGGUAUUCGUGGUGGCCGUAGAGGUGUUGGUGGAGGAGGUCGCGGUGGUGCCGGUUUUGUUGCCGGAGGUGUAGCGGGUAGCCACCACCAUAACCAUAGCGAUGCGAGUUGCCGCGUUCCUCAUAAUUAUUACAAGUUAUUGACAACCACGGUUGCCAUAUUUUAUUUAUUUUAG